CAGAAUUAACCCAAUAUCCAAAAAACCAGUAUUUUCUGGUCAACUUAAUCAUACUAGACCUAUUACUCUACUUGAAUAUGCUCGCAAAAUAUUUACAAAAAUCAUUAUCUAUCGGCUGAACCAAAUUAUGGGCCGCUACCCAAUACUUAACCCACAAAACUUUGUUGCACUCCCAUAUUCAUUGACUACUCAACCAAUCUAUAUACUCACUAAUAUCCUACAAGAAGCUCAAACACAAAACAAAGAGUUGUGGCUUCUUUUACAGGAUAUGA